GUUAUUAUUUCACUGAAUAGUAUUACCUAGGAAGAAGAAGAAAUAACAUUAAAUUAAAUUGUUUACACUGAUAUCCCGAAAUGUCCUUUCAUUUAAGCACAAAAGAAAGGCUGCUCCUCUUAAUAGAUGACAUGGAGUUAAUUGCCAAAGAAUUAAUAGACAAUCUUUUGCCGAAACACCAAAAGUCCACAUCUGAGCACACAGCGCUAGUUGAUUUACUCGUGGCCAAAGAUGAGGAGUUUCGCAAGAUGUUGGAAUUAGCCGAUGAACAAGCUAAACUAAAACAAAAGAUGGAUGAACUGAAAGCCAAAGUGGAUGUUCAGGACAGAGAAAUACAGAAACUUCAGAAAUCGCUCAAGGAGGCUGAACAAAUUCUGGCCACGGCUAUCUUUCAAGCGAGGCAAAAACUUGCUAGUAUCAAACAAGCCAACAAACGGCCUGUUUCUUCUGAAGAAUUGAUUAAGUAUGCUCAUCGUAUAAGCUCUGCAAAUGCUGUUAGCGCUCCCAUAACUUGGUGCAUAGGCGACGUGCGACGACCAUAUCCAACAGAUAUUGAAAUGCGCAAUGGAUUUCUGGGUAAAUCUGACCUAAAUAUAAAUGGCGGCGGGGUUGUACACCAAAAUAAUAUGACGGAUAAUCAGCGCAGCGUCAAUGAAGUUCCCAAUGCGUUCCAAAAUCAGUUCAAUUGGACGAACAUGGGUGAAUUGCAUAUGUCCAUGGGUUCAUCGGGCAAUUCAGUGGCUUUAGAGACACGUUCACACAAAGAAGCAUCCCAAGAUGAUGUUGAAGUUAUGUCUACAGACAGUUCAAGCUCUAGUUCUAGUGAUUCUCAGUAAUAAAUUAUAUUAUACAUUUGA